AAUUGCUAAAAUAUUAAAUUAUUGGAAGUAAUUAUGUUGUGCAUUACUGUGAAAUUAUACAAGGAAACAAUUGCAUAAGUUUGUUUAUAAUGUUUUGUCAAUGUUUCUAUAAUAUAGACAAAUUAGAAUUUUAUAAUAUUUUAUUAUACCUAAUGUUUCAAAAUAUUUAUAUAUAUUAACAUUUAAUUAUUAUUAUAAAUAAUUCAUAAUUGAGAGAUAUUGUGACAUGUUUGAGAUAUUAAAAUUCAAUAUGGAUAAAUUUAUACACACAUUUAUACAGAAUUUAGGUUUAAGAAUUGAAUCUCAUGCCUGCAAGAAGUUUAACAAGAUUACAUAUAUAUCAAAUAUGAAUAAAUCUUAUAUAGCAAAGCAACUAUAUUCUGCAGAAGAAAUAAAAGAUAUUAAUAUACAGCAAGAUUUGGAUUUUUCUAGUGAAGAAAACAUAAAAUAUUUCAUGGAAAAGCAUGUUAAUCUCUUUGAUAAACUCACUUAUUUAAAUAAUGCACAAAUUUUAACCUCUCAUUUGAAGAAUAUUAAUACAAUGAUUCUUCAGAAAAUAAAGCUAAGAUGGAAAUAUAAUGGAAGUAUAAAAAAGAGAGAAAUUAAAACAUGGAACAAAAUUGUAACUUACAACAAGAAACUAGGAACAAAUUUAGCAAAUAAAUUGAGUGGGUCACAGGGCAAAUUAUUAUCCUCUUCAGGAUGCAAACGAAAAUAUGUAAAUUUCUCUAAUUAUAAAAGAUAUAAAUUUAAAAAGGCUGCUCUUGAAAAUUUUAAACUACUUUACCAUAACACAACAAUAUCCAAUGAUCACAGAAGUGAUAACAUUUUAGUAACAGAUAACGAUAAGAAAACAUCUUUUCUUAGGCACAGUUUACCAAACAUUAUGAUAAAUAUCACAAACAAGCAAAUAGAAAUGACUGAACAAUUUUUAUGGUUGUAUGUAAAAGAUGUAGAAUAUAUGAAAAGAAACAUACAAGUUACUCUUCAUAUCGCAAAGAAUUCAAAAUAUAAUUAUGAUACAAAGAACCAGAUAGAAUAUAAUCAAGUACUUUGUCAUCAUGCAAUUCUAUGUUUAAUUGAACCAAGUGAUAAGGGUGCUGUUUUAAUUGAAGAUAAUUUACCAGUUAUUGUUCAAAAAUAUCUCGUACAUGGUUAUAAAUACCAUUUUGAUUUUCAGAGGUAUUUUAUGAAAGACGAACAUAAUAUAUUAGCUUAG